AUGCGAAGGGCACCGCGUUUCCUUUGCAAGGCCGUUUUUGAUUUGAGUAAUGCAGCGCGGUUUGCCACAGGUGUUGUGUUGGACCGCCCCGCCGCUUUCAUUAAUGGUGAAUUUGUGACCCCUGCCACAGGUGCGACCAUUACCGUGGAGGAUCCAUGCACCCAGACAAUUAUUGGCGAGGUGCCGAAUAUGGGAAGGAAAGAGACGUUGCAAGCAAUUGACGCGGCAAAGUCAGCCUUUGAAGGCUGGAAAAAGAUGAUGCCUCGCGAGCGUGCCAUGAUUCUUUAUUCCUGGGCUCAAUUAAUGCAACAGCAUCGUAAAAGCCUUGGGGCUAUUAUCUCACGCGAGUGUGGUAAAGUUCUUGCGGAAGGCGUGGGUGAAAGUCAGUAUGCGGAGCGGUAUCUUGAGUGGUAUGCAGGGGAAGCGGAGCGAGUGUACGGUGACAUCAUUGCUGGGCCACGUGCGGGGGUCACCACAACUGUUGUCCGGCGACCCCUUGGGGUGGUGGGCGUCAUUACGCCCUGGAACUUUCCCUCCUCGAUGGUUACCCGGUCGGUGGGUGGCGCCUUGGCUGCAGGGUGCACUGUUGUACUCAAGGCGUCUGAGUACACCCCUUUUAGCGCUCUCGUGUUGGCGCAGUUAGCGGCGGCGGCAGGCGUACCAGAGGGCGUCUUUAAUGUGAUAACAGGAGAUGCCGAGCCGAUUGGAGACACACUACUCGACUCCUUGGAGGUGCGCAAACUUGCCUUCACAGGGUCUACGAGAACUGGGAAACAUUUGUACGCCCGCUCCGCCGCCACUGUGAAGAAGCUUGGACUGGAACUAGGUGGAAACGCACCUUUUAUUGUUUUUGACGAUGCCGAUCUCAACCGAGCUGUUAGUGGUCUUAUAGCCUGCAAGUUCCGCAAUGCAGGCCAGACAUGCAUCAGCAGCAAUCGAGUCUUUGUGCAUGAAUCUAUGCAUGAUGCCUUUGUGGCGCGGCUUGUUGGGGAAAUUAUUGCGGCGGUGCACGUGGGCAACAGCUUUGACGUAAAUGCAACGAUGGGGUCGCUCAUCAAUGGCGCAGCCGUGGAUAAGAUGGAGGCGUUGGUGCAUGAUGCUGUGGCAAAGGGUGCCAAGGUGGAGCUGGGAGGCAAACGCAUUUCUGGCCCUGGUUACUUCUUUGAACCCACAGUCCUAACAUGUGUCAAGCACGAAACGAUGAACUGCUGUCAGCAGGAAGUCUUUGGCCCAAUUGUUCCAAUCAUCAAGUUUUCAAGUGAGUCGGAGGCUGUGCAACUAGCCAACGCCACUCGUUCUGGCUUGGCAGCGUACAUUUACACUCAGGAUUACCGAAAACAGAGCCGUGUUGCAGAGCAGCUGGAGGUUGGCAUGCUGGGUGUGAACGACGUUGGCUUAUCUUCGCCAUCCGCGCCUUUUGGUGGGGUGAAGGAAAGCGGAUUGGGUCGGGAUGGCUCCAAGUACGGCAUUGAUGCCUUUGUUGACAUUAAGUAUGUAUUGGAGUCGCGCGUUUAG